UAGACCAAAACAAAGAUGGCGGUUCACGACGGAUUUGGUAUYGUCGACAUUGUUGUAUUUUCUUUGACUCUAGCAGGUUCCGCUAUAAUAGGAAUCUACUUUGCUAGAGUUGGAAGUCWUCAGAAAUCAAAUAAUGAGUAUUUAAUGGCUGGUAGAAGCAUGUCUUGUCUUCCUGUAGCGGUUUCUGUGCUCGCAUCGUUCGUCUCUUCCAUAGCUGUUCUCGGUACCCCAGACGAGAUUUACACGUAUGGUUGCCAGUAUUUUCUGUUAAUUUUUUCCACUUUUUUAACAAUACCUCUGGUGGCGUACGUUUAUUUACCAGUAUAUUAUAACCUUAAACUAACCAGCGCGUACGAGGUGAGUUUAAAAAGUUUAAUAUUUCGGGAAGUUCAGCUUACAGUGUAUGUGACCUUACAUAAGUUAUUAGGCUUUCUUACUGGGUUUCCUUUGUGGAUAGCUAUUCUAUCUAUUGGUUUGAUAUGUACCUUUUACACAACACUGGGUGGCAUGAAGGCGGUCAUCUGGACGGAUGUAUUCCAGGGUAUAGUCAUGUUGAUUGGUCUGUUUGUUAUCAUUAUCGUUGGGACAUCCCAUGUUGGUGGGAUUUCUAAAGUCUUUGAGAUUGCAAGAAAUGGGAGUAGGCUGGAUUUUGAUUAUUCUUUUGACCCAACACAUCGUCUUACAUUGUGGAUUGUUGUUUUUGUUGGAGUAUUUCAAAAUCUUCCUGUUUAUGUGACCAAUCAGACAGCAAUACAAAGGUUUUUAACUACAAAAUCAUUGAAAAGUGCUAGAAGGGCUGUAUGGGCAAACAUGCCUCUAACAUGGCUUAACAUGAUCAUUACUACACUAGUGGGACUUGUACUCUAUGCUUACUAUGCGACAUGUGAUCCAAUGGCRUCUGGCCACAUCAAAAAAAGAGAUGAAAUCUURCCGCACUUUGUAGUCAAUGUUCUUGGUAAAAGUGUUCCUGGACUGCCUGGAGUCUUUGUAGCUUGCUUGUUUUGUGCAACAUUAAGCACAGUGGCAUCUGGACUGAACUCCUUGGCUGCAGUAACUGUAGAAGAUUUUGUUUCCUAUUUCAAAGCCAUUCCACGUGAAAGGGAAACUUUUUAUUCUAAGCUUAUAGUUUUAGUGUUUGGUCUUAUAUCCUUGGGACUAGCAUUUCUUGCAUCCAAACUUGGCAUGAUCCUGCAGAUGAGUGCUACAAUGUUUGGAGUAAUAGGGGGUCCAAUGCUUGGAUUAUUUACCCUUGGAAUCUUAACAAAAACAGCAAAUACUAAAGGUGUCUGGGCAGGUGUCAUAGCUGGGUUUUGGGUGGUGACAUGGAUUGCUAUUGGUUCACAAGUGUAUCCACCAAACUAUCCCAUUCUACCAGUGUCUAUAGAUGGUUGYCUGUCUAAUAGUACAGCCAUCAAUGCCACUAUUCCAAUAAUGCAGAAAUCAAGCCACACAAUAUACAAUAUUUCAUUCUUUCUUUAUGGACCCAUUGGUUUCAUCUUUACAAUGCUUGUUGGUUAUAUCGUCAGUUUUAUAUUUAGGAGUGAUAACUAUCACAUUAUAGACUCACGUCUAGUCUUCGAUUACUCUUCUGUCUUCAACUGUAAUGGGAAUUGUAAAAGAAGAGAUGAAACUCUCUUGGAUGARCUGGACAGUGACCAGGAAACUGCUCCCCUAUACACUCAAGAUGUUAAAAUACAGUGAAUUCGUAAGGAGAUUCAAGUAAUCUUGUUAUUUAUAUCUUUUAUACAAAUAUUCAAACAUGCUUAUUUUUGCAAAAUCAGUAUGGUGUAUUCAAGUUGAUAAAUUUUCAUACAGCUUCUGCUUCUCUUUGUCCUUUGUCCUUUCGUCAUUUUCCUGUUUUGUUUUUAAAAAGGCUGUGUUCUUUGUUUUGUCAUAUAGAAAGAAAAACAUUUUGCAGUUUUCAUUGCUAUUCUUUACACUAAUUGCAAAGCAGAUAGUGUCAGCUCCAUGCUUACAUGUGCAUAAUCACUAAUACAGCACAGUUCUUGACCAAUCAGAGCGCAUGUACUAUCUAAGCUAUAUGAUAAUUAAGCGAUUGACUGAGGUUGACAGCAUGAGGUUUGA